AUGUCUUCUCAGAUCCCUUCUUCUGCUUCUCCUUCCUCCUCCCGCCAACUCACGCGCGAAAACACCUUGGCCCGCACCCACCAGACGAACGCUAGCACUGCUCCGACAUCGUCAUCCCGUGGCCUCACCCACGCGCAGCUCUUCGGCAGCUCGGCUGCUCUACCCCCCAUGAUUCCGACGGCCUCCGCCUCGAGUCACCAUACACAACCCUCCGCCGUAACACAAGCCUCUCGCCAGCAAGAGCACAGUGCCAACUCUCUGCUCGCCCUUCGCUCGCGCCGCAAUGUCGAGCAGCUGAAGCGUGAGAUCCAGAAGCUCACGUACGCUGAUAAUUUCGGAAACAACCUCACGCAGGCCGCCGAUCUUAUCCACAACGACCUCCGCACGGCAUUUCACCGCCUGCCUCUGAGCUUGGAGGACUCAGAGCACAUCGAGAGCCUCUGCCGGCGCCUGAACGAGACCCUUGAGGGCUGGGCGGCCGAGGUCAGUGAGCUUGACAAUGCGGUGCUAAGGGCCGAUCCUGCAAAUUUACCCACUGCCGACUCGGUGCCCUUAGAGGAGCGCCUUGCCACCGUCCAGGCGUGGAAGGACGUCACUCUGGCAUGGAAGAAAUUUACCUUAACCAUUCCUACAGAGGAGGCCGCCCGGCAACAGCGCAUCGUCGCGCAGCGCAUGCGCAACCUGUUCCGCGACGAAGUCCAGCAGCCGCUGGCGCAGGCGACGUCGGGGCAGCGCAUGCUCAGCGCCGCCGAAGCCCAGGCUCAGAAUUGGGUCGCCGACGCCGCCACACUCCUCGCAAACGUCUUCUCCAGCGCCGACGCCCUGCUCGACUCCACCAUCGAGCUGUGGCAGCAAUUCGAUCUCCGGGUGGGCGUGCCGGUCCCGGGUGAGGGCGAUGAGGCCCCGCCGGCCGUUGCUCCAGCUACUACCAAGCCCUGGGAUCGCUUCCGGGCGAAGACGAAGGGCAAGCUGUCGAGGAUGAUGGCGGGCCUCAAGGUCAAAGGGGGCAGGCGCGACGGUCCCUCUGGAAAGGGCAAGAACCCCGCGACGGUGGGUGUGCCCACGCUGGUCUCGACCACCAUGACCCGUGGGGACCUCAUCGAUCUGCGGCAGCCCUUUCUGGAGGCGGCUGGUGCUGCUGUCCCUGCGCCCAACCCCGAGAUCGAGCACGCCCCCAACCCGCUCACUGCCGUUCCCAGCCCGCCGGACCCGCAUCCUUACCCGCACCUUCCUGAGCCCUCCCGUGCCACCGCCCUCGCCGACGCCAUCCAUUUCGAUCUCGGCGGCGACGACAACGACGAUUACCAUUACGACACGGAGGCGCGCAACUACCUCGCCGAGCGCGCUCGCCACCGUGCCGCCGCGCUCGAGACGCUCGACCUGCCGCGCGAAGUCUCGGCCACAAUCGAGGAGCGGUGGCUAGCACACCUGCAGGUCGUGGAGGAGGCGGAGGCGGAGGCGCAGGCGCAGGCGCAGGCUUUUGCUGAAGCCGAAGCCGAAGCCGCCUUUGGUCUCGGGCGUGGCGGCGAGUCGUCGUCGGCGCAGGGAGGUGUGGGGACGGCUCUGCACCCCAACCUUGAAGGGUUCCGGUUUGGCUUCUCCGGGUCGGAGUGA